CCGGAAUCUGUGUUGCAAAGGAAGACAAGCCAUCUAUUGUCCUCCCCAUGUUUCGGUAUGUCGUUACACCGCAGUCCAACUCUGAGCAGCCUUAUUUGAAGAAUGAUGUUGAUUGGGUGACUGGGAAAAUAGUAACGUUCUAUUGACUUUAGAAGAAGCCAUCAAAGGAUGGUUGUACCCGCAUAUUCCCUGGGUGUCUGGUGUGGAAAUGUACCGCAUAAGUCACAGUCGUCCAGGGCAAGUCACUAAAAGAUAUGGAGGGAGAACGAUGAGACGCCUAGCUUAAAUAUAUAGCAGAUAGUAGGGACGAGUGAGAGUGACCCGUGCCGCGAUUCGACUGGUUUCUUUCUACCUCCUUGUUCGACUUCUGGCGCAAUUCUGGGACCUUUGCCUGACAGUGUCUAUCGCUAAUUAGAGAUUCUUCCGAUUCCAUGAGAAACAUGGAACAAGCCUUUGUCAAUGUAACCUUCCCCGAGGUCGAGACCUUGCAGACGAUUCCAUCCAGCUCCGACGAGGCGGGAAAAGAUGAGUUGACAGCGCAGCGCGGUGUGGAUAAUCACCAUGACAACAACAAAACCGACCCGGUUCCCUUCCCCAUUGCCAUAGUAGGCAUGGGAAUGAGGCUUCCUGGCGGCGUGAGAUGUGCAGAGCAAUUCUGGGACUUGAUUGUCAAUAAACGCGACGGUCUUUGCCAGGUGCCCGGCUCAAGGUAUAACGUUGAGGCGUUUUACGACGAGUCACGCCCAGGGGCCAUCCGGACGAAGCAUGGCCACUUCCUCCACGAGGACAUCACCCAGCUGGACAAUGUGUUCUUCGGCAUCGGCAAGCCCGAAGCCGAGAAGCUCGAUCCACAGCAACGACUACUGCUGGAAGUUGUCUGGGAGUGCAUGGAAAAUGGCGGACAGACCGACUGGCAAGGAAGCAAUAUCGGCUGCUACGUGGGUGUGUUCGGAGAGGAUUGGUUAGACCUCCUCAGCAAAGACACCCUGCAACACGACAGAUAUCGCGUGAUGAGUGCCGGGGACUUUGCUCUUUCCAACCGCGUCUCUUACGUGUACGAUCUCCGCGGACCAAGCGUCACUCUCCGGACAGGGUGCUCCUCAUCUAUGGUCGGAUUGCAUGAUGCCUGUCAAGCCUUAUACGCUGGUGACUGCUCCUCCGCCCUGGUCGCAGGUACGAACUUGAUCAUGGGCCCGACGAUGACGACCACGAUGUCUGAAAACCUGGUGGUGUCCACCAGCGGAAUAUGCAAAACGUUUGACGCGGCAGCCGAUGGAUAUGGACGAGGAGAAGCCAUCAAUGUGAUAUACAUCAAACCACUUCAUGACGCGCUUCGACAAGGCGAUCCCAUCCGCGCGAUUAUCCGGUCAACCGCGGUGAACUGCGAUGGCAGGACACCCAGUAUCACGACCCCCGGAGCCGAAGCCCAAGAACAGCUGAUCCGGCAUGCAUAUAAGAAAGCGCAGAUCGUGGGGGACGAAGUGUCCCGAACGGCGUUCUUCGAGUGUCAUGGCACCGGCACGAUCGUCGGCGACACGGCGGAAGCGUCGGUCGUCGCCAACAUUUUCGGGCGCGACGGCAUUUACAUCGGGGCGGUUAAGCCGAACGUCGGUCACUCGGAGGGGGCCUCAGGCAUCACCAGCAUCAUCAAAGGCGUUUUGGCGCUGGAGAACAACCUCAUCCCGCCCAACGUCCACUUCCGCUCGCCGAAUCCCAAGAUUCCCUUCGAUAGCGCCAAGCUCCGAGUCCCGGUGGAGCCCACACAAUGGCCUGCUGACCGACGGAAGCGCGUCAGCGUGAACUCGUUUGGUAUCGGAGGAACGAAUGCUCAUACCAUUCUCGAUUGCGCCUCCCUCCCCUCUCCCUUCGAAACCAUCAAAUUGGGACUGCAUGCUCGAUCUAAUAGCGAGACUCAUUUGCUGGUUGUCUCGGCUAAAAGCAAGAGCUCAUUAGACAGGCGUGUUGACGCAGUUGCACGAUAUGUUCAAGACAAGACUCCAUCCUUGCCGGAUCUUGCCUACACGCUUGCGCGAAGACGCGUCCAUUUACCGAAUCGUGCGUUUGCGUUAGCCAAUAAAGAUGGUCUCGUUUCGACAUUCGAAAAGUCGACAUCGACUGGACCACGGGUGGUGUUUGCGUUCACGGGUCAGGGCGCGCAAUGGCCCACGAUGGGGAGAGACCUGAUGGCUCAAUUUCCAACAUUUCGGGAAGAUAUCCGAAACUUGGACCAUGUGUUGCAGACGUUGGAAGUAGCGCCUGCGUGGAAAAUUGAAGAGGAACUGUCGAAGAGGGAUGACACCAGUCGGGUUGGAGAUGCUGAAUUCGCACAGCCUCUCACUACAGCCAUCCAAAUAGCCUUGGUAAACUUACUGCGAGAAUGGGGUGUCUUGCCUACGUUAGUAGUGGGACACUCAAGUGGGGAGAUUGCGGCUGCCUAUGCCUCUGGAGCAAUCUCAGCGAGUCUUGCCAUAGUACUCUCCUAUUUCCGCGGCCAAUCAAUCAAGGCUGUACCCCCGAGGGAUGGCGCAAUGGCUGCUGUGGGCAUGUCGCCUGAGCUGGCCAAGACAUACUUACGACAAGGAAUCACUAUCGCAUGUGAGAAUAGUCCCCAGAGUGUGACUCUGUCUGGGGAUAAGAACGCCUUGGAUGCUGUGCUCGCACAGAUUCAUACCGACAACAAAGAUACAUUCAUCAGGCGCUUGGCUGUCAAUGUUGCGUACCACUCUCACCACAUGACCGAACCGGCCCAGGUGUACGAGACAUGCAUAUUGCCAUUUAUGUCACACAAUGAAUAUAUGGUACCUCUAUACUCAACGGUGACUACCAAGGUGAUUUGUGACCCCUCGGAGUUGGAUGCCGGGUACUGGUGCCAGAAUUUGCAAUCAACGGUCUUAUUUGGCCCCGCGCUUCAGCGGAUUUUAAGAGACGAUUCUAGUGGCCUUCUGUUCUUGGAGGUUGGUCCCCAUUCUGCACUUGUAGGACCGAUACGACAGAUGGUCCAAUCGGAACAGAUAACCGAGAGAACACCACCAUAUGUCGCUACACUACGCCGGGGCCACGGGCGAUGGGAAAGCUUGCUAGAAACAGCGGGGCGUCUAUUUUGCCACGGAGCGCCAAUUAAUCUUUCUGCUGUGGUGGCAGAUGGCAAGGUGCUCACCGACCUGCCACUUUAUCCAUGGCAGCAUGAGGGUCGGCUAUGGAGUGAAUCCCGGUUGUCCCAUGAUUGGAGGUUCCGGGAAGCCCCUUACCACGAGCUCUUGGGUUGUCGGUGCCUGGAAUCAACCAGUGUGGAGCCGUCCUGGAGGAAUCUUUUACAACUCGACCAAGUACCGUGGCUUACGGAUCAUCGAGUUUGCAAGGAAGUGGUUUUCCCCUGCGCUGGAUACGUUGCAAUGGUUGGUGAGGCAGUGCAUCAAAUAACUGGCGCAACCGACUUCACGGUGAAAAACCUAUUCAUGAAAACAACCUUGACAAUUACACCCAGUGAAACCACAGAGGUCGUCACUACUCUGCGAAUCGGAAAACUGGCCGACAACAUUGAUUCGAGCUGGUAUGACUUCACCAUAUCUGCAUUCCAGAAGGACACCUGGAAGAAAUACUGUGUGGGACACGUCAGACCAGGCCCGACUAAAGAGCACCCAGUCCUUGAGAUCCCAAGCUACUGCCGAUCUGUUCCAUCUGACAGGUGGUAUAGCGCUCUGGAAGCACGCGGUCUUGACUACGGCCCUCACUUCCGAGGCCUUGAGUCUAUCCUGGCAAGUCCAACCGAUCCAAGCGCAACUGCUACAAUACCUGACCGGGGCAUGUUCCAUGCGAACCAUUAUGCACUCCAUCCUAUCAUCAUUGACCAAAGUCUUCAGCUCCUCAGUGUCGCUGCAACCAACGGCAUACCUCGUAAGCUAACGAGACUAUGUAUCCCUAUGGCCAUUGAGGAACUGUAUAUCGGCACAGGAAAAGGUUCGAUGUCGCUCGAAAUGUCAUGCCAGGAAGCCGGAGGAACCCUAUGUGGCAAUGGGGCUGUUUUAGCUGAGAAUAAAGUGGUUCUCUCUCUGCGAGCGGGGCAUUUCUUCAACAUUCAAGAUCCCGAUAUUGGUCGACCAGUGUUGCCAGUGGCCUCUAGCCCUAGCUGGAAGCCUCAUAUCGAUUUUGUUCCUUCCGAGAAUCAGUUCCCACCGCUCUUUGUCAAUCUUACCCUUGCCGAGGGAGCUUCUCGAUUGACGCUGUUGGCUAUUCUGGAGACAUAUCACCAGUCGCGGGCUCUGGUGGCGGAUGCCCCGCAUCUUAAGAAAUGGCACUCAUGGUUAAAGUCGGAAUAUGAUGCUAUAUGCCAUGGUGGUGGUCAGGCCUGGCUUACGGAGGUCAAAGAUGCUCUAGCUCUUAGCAAUCACGAGCGUUCUGAGGCGCUGAAAAACUACAAGUGCAUCUCGAACAAUGAGAUCGAAAUGUGGAUAUGCGAGCUGUGCAAGAGCAUUAUCGGAAAUGUCCAUGACAUGCUGAAAGGCAGAGUUGAGCCACUUGACAUCCUCAUGGAAGACGGAAAAUUGAAGUCCUUUUAUCAAUUUGCGUCUGCAAUGACCCCGUGGAAUAAAUAUCUCGAAUUGCUUGGGCAUUCGAAUCCUUUGCUUCGUGUGCUCGAAGUCGGUGGUGGCACUGGAGGUGACACUCUAAUGGCGCUGGAAGGAUUGUCGUUGGGAAACGGCAACAGGCUUUAUGCCAAGUACACAUUCACCGAUAUCUCUCCAGCAUUCCUGCCGCAUGCGAAAGAGCGAUUUAAAUCCUACGCGGACAUUGAAUAUGCUACUUUGGACAUAAGCCAAGAUCCCACUGAACAGGGCUUUCAACCGGCAAGCUACGACUUGAUCAUCGCUUCGAAUGUCCUUCAUGCCACUCCUAGUAUUUCGACUUCGCUGACCCAUGUCAGAAAGCUUCUCGCACCCGGUGGUCGGUUGAUGCUGAUUGAGCUGACUCCCGAGACACCGCUCAUGGAUUACAUCAUGGGAAUCCUGCCCGGCUGGUGGCUUGGUGAGGGCGAUGGACGUGUCGGAAAACCAUACAUCACUCGUGAACAAUGGCAUCAAAAGUUGCUCGAUGCUAACUUCAGUGGUGUUGACGCAGCCCUGAUUGACAACCAGGCCCCGUACCAAUUGAAGUCACAUAUCAUCUCACAGACCGUGCCUAUCCAAUGCGCCCCGAAAGUCGAUGCUUACAUCUAUUACCGUGGAUCAAUUACCGAAUGGACUCGAGAUCUUGAAAGUCAACUAACAAGCGCAGGCCACACGGUGCGCUGCAACAACUUGCAAAAUCCGCCUCCGCUGGGAUCCAAUGUCAUAGUGCUCGUUGACGUAGAGGGGCCCUUCCUGCAUGACAUGACAGAAGAGGAUUUCCGAAGUUUCCAAAUGUUCAUUUCUAACAUGAAUAGUGGGCGUAUCCUAUGGGUCACACGCUCGGUACAAAUGCACUGUGACGACCCUCGGUUCGCCUUGACGCUCGGGGUGGUCCGAACAAGUCGGCAUGAGGUGACCCGUGAUUUUGCUACACUGGAACUUGACAAGGUCGAUGGAGAUGCGGUGCGACCGGUUGUCAGAGUGUUCGAGAAGGUGAUCCUACAGACAGACAAACCCACGAUUCAACGGGACUUCGAGUUCGCUCUCCAGGACGGGCUGGUUCAUGUUAACAGAUUCCAGUGGAGCUCCCUUGACGACCAGCUUAGCGAGACGUCUCAAGUGGACGGCCCGAGAAAGCUGGACAUUGCUUCAUAUGCCAUUCUAGAUUCCCUAGCGUGGUCUUGCACUGGCUUCACAUCAACCUCCUUGGGGCCGAAAGAUGUUGAGAUAGACAUCAAGUAUUUCGCGCUCAAUUUCAGGGACAUGAUGACGGCGAUGGGCUUUAUUGGAAAUAAAGACAACAUCGGACUAGAAGCAAGCGGAAUUGUUCGUCGUGUCGGAUCUAGUGUCACAGCUGUUUCUGUCGGCGACAGGGUGAUGGUAAUAGACAGGGGGCUUGCUUGUACGCGGAAAACCAUUCGCGAGGAUCAAUGCUUGCCCAUUCCAGACGAUAUCUCGCUAGAGGAUGCUGCGGCAGUCACCUGUGUUUAUGCUACCGUGAUAUAUUCACUUAUCUACAUGGGAAAUCUGGAAGAGGGCCAGUCGGUAUUGAUUCACUCUGCCUGUGGUGGCGUCGGCUUAGCCGCUAUCCAACUAUGCCAGAUGAUCGGGGCCGAAAUUUAUGCAACGGUCGGAAGCGAGGAGAAGGUCAGGUAUCUCACUGAGACAAUGGGAAUCCCUUCAGACCACAUAUUCAACUCUCGAAACUCUUCCUUCCUCUCUGGCCUGAUGACCAAAACUAACGGCAGGGGUGUCGACCUGGUACUGAAUUCUCUUUCAGGCGAAUUGCUUCAUGCGUCCUGGCAAUGUGUUGCCCGGUCGGGGAAGAUGUUGGAGCUCGGAAAGCGUGACUUCAUGGGCCAUGGCAAGCUAGACAUGGAUCUGUUCUCGGAAAAUCGCUCAUUCAUCGGUGUUGAUCUUCUCCAAGUUCUCGACGACAGCCCAUCAUUGCUGCACCAAAUGGCGGAAGAAAUGAUGGCGUACCUGGUCUCCGGCAGGAUCCAGCCCAUAAGACCAAUACAUACAUAUGACGCUGAGAGCGUGAUAAAAGGUUUCAGAUACAUGCAAAGCGGGCAGAACAUGGGCAAGAUUGUUAUACGCAUGCCCGACGACCCAUCAACGCUUCCAGUUACGCAGUUGCAUGAAAUGACACCGUACUUUACAGAUGCUUCCUCCUAUCUACUGGUUGGCGGGCUCGGAGGCCUUGGCCGGGCAGUGGCAUUGUGGAUGGUUGAGAAGGGAGCUCGACACCUUAUUUUCCUAUCUCGGUCUGACACAAGCUCUCCAAAGAGACAGGCCUUCGUGCAGGAUCUCAUAUCUCAAGGCUGCUCGGUAACAGCAGUCACAGGAAAUGUGGCAAAUAUGGGAGAUGUUCAACGUGCUAUUGCUGCAGCGCGUAAGCCAAUCGCCGGCGUUGUCCAGAUGUCCAUGGUGCUGAAGGACCAAAGUCUGCGCAAGAUGUCGUAUGAAGAGUGGAAAGCUGCAUUGAGUCCCAAGGUCCAAGGGACAUGGAAUCUCCACCACGCGUUGAAACACAUACCGCUGGAUUUCUUUGUCCUCAUGGGCUCCGUCGCCGGAAUUUGCGGUUGGAGCGGGCAAGCUAAUUACGGAGCAGCCAACACCUUCCUUGACGCCUUUGUUCAAUACCGCCGUUCUCAAGGCCUGGUCGCUAGUGUUAUCGAUUUGGGUCUGAUGGAGGAUAUCGGUUAUGUUAAUGAAUUCUCGCUUACUGAUACACUUGCCAGGGCACGUUCGAGCUCUAUUCUAAUGCUAGAAGAGAGUCAUCUGCUCAAAGCAAUGGAGAAGGCAAUGCUCUCCCAAAGAUUCGAUUCACCAAGUCAGCUGGUAAUCGGCCUCGGCGUUACAAACGCCGUUUCAGACGAUGAUCUCGCCGUGAUGUAUACGCAAGAAGCUCGCUGCAGUGGUUGGAACAAUAUCUUGUCCAACGUAAAUCAAACUUCGGUUAUAUCCAAAGCUGAUGAGCUGAGGGAGUACAUGAAGGCGAUCCAGAAGGCCCCUGAACUGUUGGAUAAACCGGCAACCGAGCAAAGACUGACAGAGGAAUUGGGAAAGCUGAUAGCUUCGUACACUUCACGACCAGACGACAUGACGAGAGAUGAGCUAGCCAACAUCGCCAUCGACUCAUUAAUGACUUUUGAAAUACGAACUUGGUUUCGUCGGCAUGCAGCGAUUGAAUUAACCUUGCUCGACGUUUCAAACGCUGGCACCGCUGGUGAACUCAGUAAAAUUGCGUUACGAAAGUUGCGUGAUCUAUUGAACCAAGGGAAAUCGGAAGAAGCGAGGAGCGCACCGAGCACCGAAACCCCGAACGACAAUUACGAAAAGGACAUCGAGAUCGGGGCUGAAAUUCGUCCACUUCCCGGCCAAGCGCCGGAUUGGACGUCCGAAUCAGAAGGUCGUGUCUUUUUGACUGGGGCCACUGGGUUCCUCGGUGCGUUUCUGUUGGAACAGUUUGUCGGUCUACCCCAGGUGAAGUCUAUUGCCUGUUUGGUCCGAGCUAGCAACCCAGAAGCUGGCAUGGAGCGCCUGAGCGACGCCUGCAGAAAAUUCGGCAUCUCCACGAACUUCCGCGCGAAGGUAUUUGUGGUCCCAGGUGACAUAACGAAAGAUCGCCUGGGACUCACACGACAGAGGUUUGACCAGCUGGCCAAGUGGGCAAGUGUCGUGUUCCAUUUUGGAGCCUACGCCAAUUACACCCUGCCAUAUUCGGUCCAUCGGAACUCAAAUGUGCUAGGUACUCUAGAAGUACUGCGGUUUGCCAACAGUGGUCGCUUGAAAACGGUGCAUCAUUGUUCCAGCAUCUCCGCCUGCGGUAUCCCCGAAGCUCUUAGUGGCGAGACGCCCGAGGACCAGAGACCUCUUCUCGAGUCCCAAAAGAUCUCCCAGACACUCGGCUACUCACAAAGCAAGUUUGUCUCGGAAAACAUCGUCUGGAACGCAAUGGAUAAAGGCUUCCCGAUCGUCAUAUAUCGCCCCGGUAUCGUGACCGGCCACAGCAUCACGGGCGUAUGCAAGAAAGAAGACGUGUUCAAUCGUCUUUUGUCCCACUGUAUCCGGCUGGGCUGUUAUCCGCGCCCACCCGACCAGCUGGCUCAAUUUGUCCCCGUGGAUUUUGUCUGCUCCGCAAUCGCUCAUAUAUCGCUCCGCAGCGAUAGCAUCGGUCAUGCGUUCAACGUCGUGCUACCUGGCGAGGGACAGAAGAUUACCUUGAAGACUAUCUUUGACCUACUCAGUCAAAUAUGCCCCACCCCCUUGCGAAGCAUGUCGUUCCCCGAAUGGGCAGAUCUGUACUUGAAAGGAGGCGAUGCCAAUAUCAAGGUGGUUGGGCCUGUUCUCAGUGACCGACUCGCUGGGUAUAGGCUCUGGUGGGAUGAAAUGGACCAUAUCUCACCCUUCAGUAUGCAGAAUGUGCAUCGCGCCUUGUCCGACCACCCUGAGAUUCUCCGGGUGAAGUCUAUGCGAGAGCUGCUCAAGACGUACUAUGACUAUUGGAUGCACGAAGAAAAGGAUGAGUCAUGAGGCCCAUGGGCCGGAAAACAGAGACUUCAGUCGAGGUUGAGGCUCCAACACCUUACUACUAGUGCCUAUUGCACAAUGGGCAACUUUAUAUGAAUCACAG